UUCUCGAAGUCUCAAAGCUGAAUAUAGGACGAGAAAGCACAGCUAGAUGGAUGAUGAAGUGAAGCUGUUCGGAACUUGGCCUAGUCCUUAUGUUUACAGGAUCAAAUGGGCCCUAAAAUUGAAGGGCAUGAAGUAUGAAUAUGUGGAAGAGGAUUUAACUAACAAAAGUGAUUUGCUGUUGAAGUAUAAUCCAGUUCAUAAGAAGGUUCCAGUUCUCGUUCACAAGGGCAAGCCAGUCUCAGAAUCUGUUGUUAUUUUGGAGUAUAUAGAGGAAACAUGGCCUCAACCACCCCUGCUUCCGCAGGACCCUUAUGAAAGGGCCAUGGCUAGAUUCUGGAUCAAGUUUGCAGAAGAUAAGGGCAUUGCAUUCCUGUCAUUCUAUGUGGCUCAAGGAGAAGAGCAUGAGAAGGCAACAAAAGAAGCCAAAGAAGUGUUGAAGACAUUAGAGGAACAAGCCCUCGGGGAGAGGAAAUAUUUUGCUGGGAAUGAGAUUGGAUUACUAGAUAUAGUCAUGGGAUGGAUAGCUCUGUCUUUUGCAGAAAUUGAAGGAGCUGUUGGUGUUAAAGUGAUGAAUGCCAGUGAUUUCCCUCGACUGCUUCCAUGGAUUCAAAACUUCAGAGGGAACCCGGCAAUCAAACCAAACCUUCCAAACCAUGAUGAAUUGCUUUCUUAUUACAAGCAAAAGAGAGAAAUUAUUCUUGCGUCCAAAAAACCAUGAGUAACAGAUACAUUUUGUGUAUCAUACAACUUACAUUGAAUGUCUUAUGAUGUACACGCAUUGGUUCUUUCUCUUUUACAAGCCAGGGAACACUUUAUGUCCGUGAUUCUGUCUGUGUGUGGUCAUUUGUAAUAAAAGAAGCAGUAGAUUAUCAUUU